UAUACCAUAUUCAUAGUUUCUACUAUUGCUAUUGAAUGUGCACGUCUUUGGGCAUCAUAAUGAUAUUCCGUUUAUACUGUGACUUUACUGGGAUAUGUAUCAUAAGUCAUGGCAACAAAGCUUGAAUCUGAAUAUGCAUCAUCACCAACAAAUGAUGAUUCAGAUGGUGACGGCCAGGAUUCGGCCGACGCGAUCUAUCAAGAAGAAAUCAAACCGCCGACAAACAACGUCGCGGAUAUAUUGAAAAGGCUCCAAUCAUCCGGUGCUCUUAUAAAACCAAAGAUAGAACAUCGCUGCUACACUUGCGACGAGGACUUUCGUAACUGGGAAGAGCUAGAGAACCAUCUGAUUCAGCACGUUUCCUUGCCGUCAGUCGUGUUAGAAAGACUGCCUUCCGACGACGAAGAUAUUCCGUCCGAAGAUGAGAAUUGGUCGGAGGAAGAAGAGAGUCCGCCACCGGUUAAAGUACCCCCACAGAAGAUCGACAUAUCCCAAAUACAAAAAACGGGCAUCUCCAUCAAGAAAUCUAAUCCAGAACCAGACAAAUCUUCAAAUUCGGCGUUAAAUAAAUUAAGCGGUCUAGGAUUUACAAUUAAAAAGAACUCAUCACCCAUAAAGAAAGAGCCCGAUGCAGAACCCGUUAAAAGUGAUGUGAUGCAAAAGUUAGGGAACCUUGGAGGGAUUAAAUUGAAACUCAAAUCGUCCGGAAAUAACACGAAUUCAUUUAAAGUAGUGAACGGAUUAAAAGAUUUUAAAGCUUCCGAUGACGAGGAUGAGGGUAGUGGAAACGAAGAGGAGCCAGAUGGAAACGAGGAAGAUCAUAAGUCAAGCGACCAAGAUGGUUCUGCUCCUGACAAUGAUUCUGCCGAUGAACAACCUGACAACCGGAAAAAUUCCGAAAGCAACGAUUCUGAUAAAAGUUCAUCGGUCAAAAUCCCUAACAUCGGAACACCACUUAAAAGUUUGCAAGGUAAAACUAUUGCUAAAGUUGAGCCUAUGAAAAUAGCCUUGAAAACAGCUUCUCAACCAGUUAUUAAAGAAAUGCCUCCGCUAAAGCCAUCUGGAAGGCCGGCCAUAAAACAGACGCCAAAGCGAGGUGCAAAUCUUCCGAUACCACCCAGAGAAAUUCCAACGCCUACGAAAGAACUUACGUCUACCACACCACCUACACCCGAUAGAAUUCAGACGCAAAAUGUAAUGGAGAAUGUAACAGUCAAAAAGGAAGUCGAUGUAGGUGAACAAUCGUCAAGUAUACCGCUAUUCUCGACUCAAAUAAAGUCAGAAAGGACUUCGCCACCUCCGCUGGUGCCAUUCGGCGAUGGUAAAUCUACGCCAAUGUUAGCUACUGUAAAGUCUGAACCUGAUGCAAGCUCUUUGCAAUCCCUCAACCGCUUAGCUAAAAUGGAAGAUAAUAGUGCAACAGUCAUAGAAAUUAACGGUGAUUCGAAUGACGAGGAUGAUGACUGUUGUGUGGUUUCAGCCACACCAGCCCCUGACAUCAAGCCAGUUGUACCAAAAACGGAAAACCCUCAACCUGCGUUUGUGCCGCCAGCAUUUUCAACAUCACAAUCAGGCUACGGUACAUCUAGCGUCCUCUCGUCGAGAUUGUCGGCACCGUCUUCCUUAGAAAAACAACACAAUUUCAAUUGGAACGCACCAGACUCAAAACCACCAAUAGAUAUGCUUGAAAAAAGCGCUGACGAUAUUUUCGAGAGUUUGCUGUCUAACUCUGCGAAGAAGGAGAAUCUCUCGAUAUCAGAAGCUAGUGAAUACAUAUCUUUAGAUACUUUAGGGCCUCAACAUUCUUGUGAUAUAUGCAAUACUAGGUUUACUGAUUUGUCGCUAUUAGAGGACCACAAGCGAAUGACGGGACACUCCAGGAGCUUAGUCGCGCCUUCGUCAUCCACAUUGCUACCUUAUAAUCCAACGUCAAAUAUUCUAUCGAGUUUGUUACCUGUAAAACAACUUGCUGACCAAGUUGGAAAAUUAUCUACAAUAGGUGGCAGCGGCCCAGGCUUCACGCACCAACAGAAUGUGAUGAUUAAUAUCCAAGCUUAUCCUGGUGCGGGAGGCGUUAUGGGCCCGCCUCCACCUUAUAACGCUUAUCCUUCAGGGCAAAAUAUGAAUCCAGGGUACCAAGGGCAAAAUAACAUGUACGGCCCAUCUGGUGGAAAUCAAAUGCCAGGUCAAUAUCCGGGGCAGCACUAUAUGGGACCGCAAGGAUAUGGACAGUUUCCAACGUCGAUGCCCAGUUCCACUUAUCCAGGCACAACACCGCAGUUUUCUGCUCCGCCGUCUCAAUAUUCUACUAGUUCUCCCUUACAAAGUAUGCAGCAGUCAGUGUACGGACAAAGUCCUGCGGGUAUGCCCAACAUGCAAGGGCAAAUGGGCCCACCGGUUGGAGCGCCGUAUGUACCUUCAUCAAGUCCUGGAGGCACAAUGAAAUCUCCGAAUAACAGCGGUGUACGAAUACAAAACGUACAAACGUUUCCACCGGGUCAGCUAGUGGGAAUGCCUGGUCAACCUGUUCCAGUGAGCUCAGAAUUGUCUUCCCAGCCUUCUGCUCCUGGUCAAAUGAUAGGGGGACAGAUGCCCCCACCUAAUCAAAUUAGAAUGGCAGCUGGUGCUAUGGGUCCGCGACCUAGAAUGCCUGGUAUCCGAGGGCAGAGGCCGUCUAUCAGGCCUGGUAUCCAAGUCCACGGCCAAGUACGAGGAGCUAAACCGGGCAUGCGCAUGCCGAUGAAAAGACCAGCGAAUAUACCGAUGGGAGCCAACAAUGCCAAAAAGCGACCGUCGAUGUUGUUACCAGACAAACAUGAUAACGAAGACUGCACGGUCAUGGCGAUGCAGAAGCAAAGGGAAGGUCUGCCCAUGAUCCACAGCGUGCAAGGUGCCAAAGAUAAAAUCAAUCUGGGAAGUCAAAUCUCCAUAACGAAGAAAACUGUAAAUAAAGAGGCUAGUGCAAUGGCUAACGUGCUCGCGUCGAGAGGGAUCAGCAUCAAACAGAAGCAGAAGAGUCGCUCGCCGACCCCCGAGCGGCCAUUGCCCCAUAUACCUAACCUCGGAGCAGGUGUCAGCAUCAAACAUACUUCAAAGUCCAGUAACUUCUCGAUACCCGAAGCGAAGGUGGGCGGUGGUAUGCUGUCGUGUAAAAUCUGCAAGAAGAUGUUUAUGAACCAAAAUUCUUUGACAGUUCACAUGACGAACGCGCAUCCUCAGAGCAAAGUACCCUUGUUUAAGUGUGACGAGUGUCCAGCAUCUUACCCUAAGUCCUUACAAUUGCAGCAUCAUAAAAGGGUGUUCCACAAUGUGACAGGACCAAACCGGGAGCUAGGAUUGCCCGUAGUAGACUUGGCGCAGGAGGACAACCUUAAGAGAUUGAGUAAUUUAGGCAUUUAUAGUUUCAUACCUUUAGCGAAUAGGGAAUUAGCGGGAGGAUGUUUUGGUAUUCCUGUUAUAUCGGUACAUAAUAUGCACAAUGGGAUGACGAGUAGUCUGCAGGCGCUCGGCGCUGAUGGUUUGCUCAGCUUAGGUCCUCUCAAACCUUUACCUAAGCCGUGAGUUGUGAAUGACUCGGUACAUAUGUUGGUACGUCGCUGGUUACUUCUCCAAGGACUUUUGCCGAAUAUAUGGUUCGAAGUCGUGAAUAUUUCGUGGAAUGUGAGUGAAUGUACGAUACAAUUGAACUGUUUUUCUAUUCUUUUCAAAAAGUUAUGGCCAAAUCUGUUCAAACUUUGUGAAUUUUCAAGUCUUGCAAAUAUUAGUAUUGAAUCGUUUUUUAUGUACAUAUUGGGAGUUAUUGAACAACUUGUGAUAGAUUGUGCUAGCUGUUGUAAUUUCGAAAUUAUUUUCUUAACGAUUGGGUACAUUUUCUAAUGCUUUUGAUAACGAGUGUGCAUCUUUGAACAAAAUUGAAGACAUGGUUAACAUCACAAAAAUUAACGAUGUAUGCAUGAUAUAUGAACCUUGUAAUAGUGUAAGAAAAUCCGUUAAGUACAGUCAGCUACAAAAGUGGCUCAACAACAUUUUUUUUUCACUAAAAUAAACUCCAAAGGGUUACUUUAUUUUAGAUAAAC